AUGUCAUUCAACCAGAGACGCCGAGUUCUGAAACCUCUUCUCUAUACAGCGGGAGCUGUGGUUGGCGGUGGAGGACUUCUCUACAUCUCAUAUCGACCGCGCAACCUCCCUGGUUCCGAUCCUGCCGCCGUCCCUCCGCCGACUACUCUCGGUGGAAAGCUUCAGCCGCCUCAGUUUCCCCCCAUUAAGUCGCGCGAUGAGCAGAUCAACGACUUGAGAAGGCACUCUGCUACAGCGCUGCCCAUAAAAGCCUUACAGGGUGUGGUUGAGUCAGCGCAGGGACAACCGCAGAGUUCAGCCGAGAGCUCCGAGAGCUCGAGAGCCGGAAAGGAAGACGACAAUGUGUAUGAUAUUCUGGUGAUCGGUGGAGGGGCUACUGGGUCUGGAAUUGCUCUCGAUGCUGCAACACGAGGCCUGCGUGUUGCUCUGGUCGAGCGCGAUGACUUCAGCGCUGGGACAAGUAGCAAGAGUACAAAGCUGGUUCACGGAGGCGUCCGCUACUUGGAGAAGGCGGUUUGGGAGAUGGACUACAACCAGUAUGUUCUCACCCGCCUUGUUAUCAUCCCCUUCCCUGGCUGA